GAGCGACCCAAAACAUGCAAUAUAAAAUCGACUCUCUUGCCGAAAGGGUUUUUCACUGUUUUUUUACACAUCUUUAUAUAUCAAAAAAGUUUUAAUUAAUUGUAUAUCAACUAUGGACAAUUUCGCCGAAGCUUACCGUCACUUUUUCGAAAAGAACAGCUCUUCCAUGGGUCCCCAAAGCCAUGACAACCAGCAUUUGGCUCGUGCAGCGGCCUACAAGGUAACGUCGCAGAGGUAUUGGUAAUUUUAUCGAAUGGGCGGUUCCUAACUUGAACGAUGACUAUUUGAUAGGCUUACAAGUCUCAGAAAGAGUCUGGUGGUCCCAUGGAUCGAAAGCAAUUGAUCGACAGAGCCGAACAGUACGCUUCUGAAUGGUUGCAGAGCAAUCCUGACUGGGUUCAGAGACGUCCCGAAGACGAUGGUACCAACUCGCCCCAGCAGACCGAAGGUGACAAGGCACGAUCGCUCAACAUUCGCCACGCAUCCAGAGAAGCUGCCGAUGAAUUGUUGAAUAUGAACGGCCAUCAGGACAAUCAAAAGAGUGGAGUUGUGGGUGAAUCGAACGCCUCUUCGACCAACCAGGCAAAUAUGGCACCCGGUGUUACUGCCUCCUCCGUGGAAGGAGCCAACCAUUUGGGCGAUGAGACUCACAAGAACAAUCCUUCCAGUGUGCCCGCCAGCUCUCAGCUCGGCAGUGAUCAAUCGACUGCUCCCAAUGGCGAAGUUCAUCCUUCCACCAGCAUGAUGUCUGGCAGCCAGCAUACCCCGGAGCAAGAAAACAAGGCGGUGGGUGGUCACUCCCAACAAGUCCCUCAUCACCAGCAAGGAGAAAAGGCGGCUUUGGCGGCCGGUGCCGCUGGUGCCGCUGUGGGUGCCAAGGCUGAUCACAGCAUGGGUGGCGGUGACCAUGUAAGCCAUCACGCUUCCAACGACGCUGGCGUCAACCGCGACCAGGUGCCCAGUCAAAGUCACCAUAGUGAAAAGUUGGCCGAGGAAACCGGCGAACCCGGUGCCAAGCGUAGUCCUCAGCAUCAAGACCCUCAACACCAGCAACCCACCGGAACCACUAUGGCCGGUGCCGGUACCGCUCCCACCAACGACAUGGAGAACGCUCCCCAGAAUGCCGAGGAAGCAGGUGCCGAUGAUAAGGAGGGUGAUGGUGACCGUCGUUCAACGAUGGAAGGCGGAAGUUUGGCAAAGGCCAAUGACAAGACUGACGAGAACUUGCCCAACGAUCCCAAUGCAAAGAAGGGUAAAACCGAUGUGAAGCCCAAGAACACUGGAGGUGACGCCCACCAUAUUGCCGAACAGGCAGAACAAGGCAUGGGUGGUCUCACCGGCAAACAACCCGUUGGUAAAAUCGAUCUCAAGCACCUGUAAACAAUUCUUUUUUUUUCUGUAUCAUUUUCAAUAAUGUCUCUAAUCUAUCCAUGAUCAUGUCUAUCUCUGUACAAUAAACAAUAUAUUACUCCU